AUGAGCGAGAAUGGUUGGGAGAAACUGCUUUCGGCCCAUCACCAGGAGACCCAGAAAGUCGGCGCUAGCGACCCCCCGUCGCCAUCGAACCCUGGUACUGCAGCAUCUUCCACGGAUCCCGGGACCGAUGUCACUCAAAGUCCUACAGCAACUGCCUCACAGCGGCAACUCACUGACAACAACGGCACGAGCGUGACCCAGGCUCAGCUUGUGAUGAUCAUCGCCUGUGCUAAGGCGGCUUCAGCUGAAGCCAGAAGGCUUUUGGAACGUGGCCAGAGAGAAGUAGAUGCUGCGACUUCGUCAUCGUCCGGCCCUCAAGUCAACAUCGACAAGCUUGUCAAGAACCUAACCGAGAAACUCGGUAUGGUUCCACCUAAUAUAGGACCGGACGAGAAGGCCAUGAAGCUACUCUCGAAGUCUAGCAGGGCGUAUGUGGACUUCAAACUUCUCAACGUCUCUAACUCUAAGUUAGAGUCUCUAACCCAAAUGCAAGGAAAAGGUUGA